AAUAAACCAUAAGCCAUCUUUACUGUUCGCUUGCUAUCGAAUUCCGAUGAACGCACACUCGAAUCCGUCCUCAUGACCAAGUUCAUGCAUACUGCACUCUCCACGGCGGCCGCCGCCGUCAGUGGUCAGAGCCAUCACCCCGUCGGCCCGCCGAUCUCUCUAAAGCAAGAAAGCAAGCCUGCUUGUUCGCACCACGCGGAUAUCGUGGACCCGUCGCGAUCCUCUUCUGCUGGUCCAAUUCGCAUCGACGGAGUCGAACAGGAUAUUGCCCUAUCCAAAUCGGAGUUCCUGACGCAGCCGGAAGUUCUUAAUCGCCGUUCCCGCAGGCUCAAACAGCUCGCUCGGAUUUACCGCGACCAUUAUUGGGCAUUGAUGGAGGAGCUCAAAUUGAAACACCGAGAAUAUUAUUGGAAGUAUGGAGAAAGUCCAUUUGUCAAGGAUGAGGAGAAUGAAAGGAGAAAUUCGACUCGUGGCCGUGGUGAUUCCGUUGCUGCCGCUGCGGAGAAUGUUAAUAAUGGGAAUUCUGGUGUUAAUGGUGCGUGUAGUAAUCCUGCUGGUCAGUGCGAGGCUCUUGGGUGCAAGGCCAAGGCCAUGGCAUUGACACGGUUCUGUCACAUGCAUAUCAUGUCCGAUACCGAACAGAAGCUCUACAAAACUUGCACUUUCGUCAUAAAAGAUGCUGCUACCUCACCUAUAUAUUGCAGAAAGGUGAUACUGAAAUCAACGGUCCCUUCUUAUUGUAAUAUUCACUUCCAGAAAGCCGAAAAGCAUAUGGUACGAGCAUUGAAGAAGGGCGGUCUCAAUAUUUCCUCAACAGUUAAACUCACUCCCAAGCUCCAUGUCCUUAUUGCCGAGUAUGUCAAUCAAAUCCAACAGCAAAGGAGAGCAGCGCUGAUGGCCAAUCUGAAAAAUGCCAAAGUUAUGGAGGAGAAAAAGUGUUGAUACAUGCUACUUGCUCGAUUGUAUGAAUUCCUUUAGCAAGGUGACACAAAGUUGCAAAUUGUACAUCAAGAGUUGAACUUUGCUAGGAUCUAUUGGGUGCAUCUACACUACCAAAUCAAUCAAAAAUUUAAUGUUGAUGAUGUGGAUAUUAGAGGUACAAUUUAGUUAACAGUGCAAGUGAUAAUGCUUAAUUUGGCUUUAAGUAAAUAAAUUUUUUUGUGAUGUUAA